AUGCAGCGCUGGCACAAGACAGAUUGCACAAAGCCCGAUGUGGUAACUCUCGCAGAUAAAGUACCUCGAUGUCAAGCGUGUCAUAGCAGACCUCAGAUUGAACAACUGAUAUCGAGUAAGGCAUCUACAAGCUCCGUACCACUUGUACCUCCGGACCUGCCUUCGGGCCAGAUGGAUCUUUGGUGGCCUCGCGCCGUCCCUUACUCAACCUCAAUGACAACAAAUUCGGAGGCAGGCUCUCAACAUCUAAGCGCACCGACGGCAGCAAAAGAAAAGAGCGAGAAAUCUUCACUACCAGCUGCACCCUAUGGAACCACUCUUAAAUCAGACGAAUUCCGGCUGAUUUUUCUAGAGCCUGCAGAGACUCCUGAUAGCCCGGUGCAUCUAACGCUGGAGGUAUAUAAUCUAGACGAUUGCCCCGAAUAUGAGGCGGUGUCCUACACUUGGGCAGGGGAGAACGGAGACAAUACACUCAGCCAACCUAUCUAUGUUGGUCCAUUUUGGGACAUUCUCUUGCAAACGAAAAACUGUUGGGCGAUGCUCCAGUUCAUGCGACCACUGCGAAUACCCCGAAUGAUAUGGGUCGAUGCUAUCUGCAUCAACCAGGGCGAUACCCUCGAAAGGAGUAUGCAAGUCGUAAAUAUGGGAAACAUUUACUCCGCGUGUAGCCGCGUGGUCGUGUACUUGGGUCCUCAUAUUGCUAUGCCGUUAUUUGAUAGACAUCCGCGGAGGAGGAUGUUACAUGAGUUUGAGACCGAGGAAAUCAAACCGUGUUUUCCAAAUCACGGUAGCGGCUCGCAGUUUUCACCGAGCAGCCUGCGUGAUAUCCUCAAGCUCCGAUACUUUUCUCGGAUCUGGGUUAUCCAAGAGUUUCUUCUGUCACAGCGCGUUGUCUUGCGCAUUGGAGACAUCGAUUUCUGGGCUGACUCUACCACGGCCACGCAUUUCUCGUUGAAGGUCCCUGGAUGGGAUUGGGAGACCACUGCGGCAACUUGGGUGCAGUUUACCUCGCAAAGAACCUCAACAGAGAUGAAUCUUGGGGAACUUCUCGAGAUGUCCUCAGCGUCACGGUCUACUGAUCCUCGGGACCGCAUUUUCGGGCUAUUAGGCAUUUUUCCCGAGAUGGAGACUCAGAGCCCGUUCCAGAGAUCCAGAACCAAUGAAAGCCUUUUGAGCAUCAGAGGGGAGAUUCAGGCUGACUAUUCGCUCUCGUGUCAACAAAUUUUUAUCGGCUUCUUUGCUUUUUACCUACUAAAUAAGGAUCAACCAAAUAUCCUCUACCGCGCCUCGUGCCUUUCGCAGAGUAAGCCCGGUUAUCCUACAUGGGCGCCGAACUGGGAAUCGGCGACCCCUUGGAAGACUCUGUUCCAGGAACCCAAAUUAACGAGCGACGCCUUAUUCAAAGGAAUUAAAAAUUUGCCAGAAUACCUGCUUGUGGAUAAGGAGGGGUAUUUCCUGCAGUACAGAGUGGCCUUCGAUAUAUAUGAGCUCCGGGGACCUGGUUCCACGUAUAUCGAAAAGGAACGCCACUGGAGGAAAGGAGCCUUUAUCGAUGCCUCUACUGCAAGUUUGAACGUCAAUCUGACCCAAUAUAUGACCAUUUCCCGUCCAUUGGAACGAGUUGGGACCAUCGACGAGCUGCACCUAUUCUGUAUGCGAUACGAUUGUUUCAGCGUCUACAUGGUCUCUGAGAAGAGACUGGAUAGAGUCCUUACGGGAAGGGGGAACGAGGAGUUGUUCAUCUUGAACAUAAAUGGCUUUUCAAUCAUAUACCUCCUACUAAGGCGUCAGACGGACGAGCAUGGAGCCGUGACAUAUAAACUCAUUUCGGCUUGCCCCCGCGUGCAAAUUUUGAUACUCGUCCAGCGAAAUACCUCGCACCAUAUCCCAAAUUUUGGAGAGUUAAGGCUUGGAGAUCUGCAAUGCAGCGUUUAUGAUGCUAUCGAAAACUGUAGGCACUUUCUUGACAUUAAACUCAUGGACUAUCGACUGGAACGGCGGGACAGAGGUAUCUUGGUUGGGAUCACGGCAAUACGUGACUUUGUGCCUGUCCUCAAGCAGUUGUACCAACAACGAUCGCAACAACGAUCGCAACGAGAUAUGGGUCUCCAUUGGCCCAAAAACGUCAGAGAAGCAAAAAUUCGACGUUUCGAACACUCGAUUAGCGAAGCGUUUAUCCAGUGCGUUGACCGGAAACUCUCCCCUCGAUUGGACAACACAUAUGUCACCAUCUCCAUGUCAACGCGGUGGGAGAUCUGUCACAUAUACCUCUUUAGAAGCACCGAAAAACAUUUUUCAGAUAAUCAGCAUAAAACCUGGGAAUACAGAAUCAAGGAUUCCGGACCUGCCUGGGAGUCUCCCUACCUCUCACCUUCCGUCUACGACAAUUUAUUAGGUUCCAGCGUAGAGCGUCGGCUGGAGAUCCGGUUCCCAAUGUCGUGGGUUUUUCAAUCUUUGUUCACCAAUCCCUUUUGGCGCAUUUCAAAGUUGUUGUUCAAAGAGAUGGACAUGUUGUCAGGUCAUUUCGGGACGAUAGGAGACGACUUGUGGUCGUUGGUCGUGGAUGAAUCAGAACUUGAUCCUGAUCUUCGAUUUGUUAGUCUUCCAAACCAUAAGCCAUUUCCUUAUGCGUACAUACAAGUCAAAGAUCUGUUUGCUCAGUUAGGAAUGAAGAUGAACACAUGCAUGGUGUGCAUCGAGUAG